AUGCCUGACUUGCACUCUCUUCCCGAAGGCACUUGGCCCGAGCAGGCCAUUCGCAACAAUGGUCCUGAUAAUCUCGUUCUGGAGCGCGCAAAACUGCGUGAGCUUGCGGAAGGCUGGCCCUGCUACCGUGAUGCUUGUGAGUGGGAGAAUUUCGAAUCAAUCUUUCACGAGGACGCCUAUGUAUACACAACCUGGUCUGGCCGAGUCUCCUAUAAAGAUUUCAUGGCCGCUUCCAAAGCCGGCAUGGAUAAAGGCGCCUUUAUCAUGCACCGCUGCCACGGAGUGACCACAGACAUCACUCCAGAUGCCACUCGUGCCGUCACCAAGAUGAAGGCAACCAUCACACAGCGCUUCACGAUUGAUGGAUGUGAGGUUGACGCAGAGGCAGACUGCCGGUUCUGUUUCUUCUUCGAAAAAGCCAAUGGCCGCUGGGGUGCGCGAUUUGUUCGUCAUUGGUAUGAGAAGGAUAAGCUGUUACCUGUCAACCCAAACAAGAUUCCACGCAUCAAUGAUGAGAAGCUCAACUCGUACCCUGAGGGAUACAAGUGUCUUGCCUACUGUCAGGAACUCACGAUGGGGGUUACCGUCCUAAGAGACAUGCCCGGGCACCGAAGACACGUUGGUACUGUUUGUGGGGAGAAACAUGAUCUACUAUAUCGGCUUUCCAAGGAUUGGUUGGAUGGGAAGACCAUUGAUGUCUAA